UUGAGAGAGCACCUAGCCACGAGAACCAUGACUCCUCACAUCAGCUCCUCAGCCAUGCCGGCUCACUCGGUAAAACUAACGGUCGCCAAGAGAAAGGAAGCCAGCGAGCUCAGAAAGACUCUAAAGCCUUUGAUGGAAAAGAGAAGACGUGCACGUAUCAAUGAAAGCCUCAUCCAACUGAAGACCCUCAUCCUGCCUUUAAUCGGGAAAGAUAAUUCCCGGUACUCCAAGCUGGAGAAAGCUGAUAUCCUGGAAAUGACCGUGAGGUUUCUCAGAGAUCUACCCAGCACCCCAGUUCAAAGCCCAUCAGACGGCUACAGAGAGGGUUACAAAGCGUGCCUUCACCGUGUAUCCAGCCUGCUCCCCAAAACCGACCUCCUGGACAAGGACACGUGCCAGCGCCUGAAUGAAUACAUCCAGCGGUCCAUCGAGGCAGCAGCACCAGCGGGGCCGGCCUGUCUGAACUGCAGCGGACCGAACUCCCGAGCCUUCCCCCGGAGAGAUCAAAGCGUCCUGCGCCUCAACCCCACGGGCGGCUCCAGACCCGAGUCAAACAGCAACGGUCCUUUACUAGACCGGCGGCAGCCAGUCCCGCAGGCCCCGAGUGCCAACAUGUGGAGACCGUGGUAGCCUCCAAAACAAAAUGGGCAAAAACGUGUGCGUCUUGUUGUUUGUCAAAUAUUUAUACGUUGAACCUUACUUUAAACAUGUAAAUAUAAUGCGCGUGGUGGAGAUUCAUUGUAAAGUUCAUCUGUACAAAUGUGUGACGAAUUACCGCCAUUUGAAAGACGUUUUAUUUGUGUUGCAGUUUACUGACUAUGGAACGUUUUGGCCGUUGGAAAUGUAUAAUUCGCGGUCAAUUUUUCAAACCGGUUUUAGAAAGGUUUGGAAAACUGGUAAAUUCUGCGAAAUAUUAAUAUUUAGUCCUCUUGGGGGUUAAAUGAAUGUGGGUUGUAUAAAAAACACACCCUUGUAAAACCCAAAGGGUUAUUCUGCGUAUGUGUUGGGCACAGAUGUUUUAAAUGUGCUGGGCCUGUUAUUGUUCAGGCGCUGUAAUUUCAGUCUGUUCUGUUUAAGAAGGGGGUUGGUUUUGGGGGAGUACAAAUAAUAUUUAUUGUGACAUAGACGCGAAAUCCCCAAGCUUUCAGGAAAUUUCAAUAAAAUGUGCUAUCUUUGGGAAAAA